CAGAUGCUGGAGACGUCAUUCGUCCUCAGCACGACGUCAAGAAACCUGGUCGUUUGCGUGGAAAGCUUUCUGUUGCCCAUCGUCUCCCCCUCACCCGUUGUCGAUUCCCCGACUCGUCAGAGGGGGGUGCUUGGUCGAAAGCCUACCACCCAUUCGCCCCCUUCGAUGACUUGCUAGCCAGUGGAUGUUCAACAUCACUAGCAGUACAUAACACUUUUCCUCACCCUCACCGCCGAUGUCGCGGUUUUCCCCUUCAGCGUUCAUCAGUAUGAUCGAGCACGGGAUACUGACCUUUUCUUUCCCGUUGUCUUCUCCCUUUCAGGCGGCAGCAGCAGCAGCUUCUCAAUCGGCAGCCACAGCAACUACAUCGUACGAGCCCGUAGUCGUCACACAAGUCGUAUCGACCAAUGCCGGUCAAACUCCAGUCACCAUCACCAGCACAUCAUCUCGACCUAUCAAUGGUCAGCUCAACGGCAAUGGCGACGGCAGCAGCACUUCUACCUUCUUCGCUAACAGUGGUGCAGUAGGCGGAACCUUUGCGGCAGUAGGCAUCGUCGCCCUCUUUAUCAUUGCGGGUAUUGUGUGGAUGUUCUACCGCAGGAGGAAGAACCAGCGCAUGGACGCAGACGUUGUGGCCGCUGCCGGCGCUGCUGCUGCGACAACACGUACACCGUUCGACGAUGAUGACCCGGAGAUGAUCGAGGACCCAUCCUAUGGUGCUGGAAGCGGCAACGGCGCUGGAUCUCACGGUGGCUACUAUGACGGAUACGCUCCUUCGAUGUUGUCGGCCGGUACCGGACCUGGCAUGGCAGGCCAUGGUGCCUGGGGCCCCGCCGCUGCAGGUGGUGCUGCCGCCGGCGCAGCUGCUGGCUAUGGUGCAUACAACUACGGCAGCUCCGACCACGACGGUCAGCAGUACUACUCUGACUACCCUUCCAAUGGCCAACACGAUCCCAAUGCCUACGACGGUGCCGGAGGCUACUACAAUGGAGCUCACUCUGGCGAGGGUGCAUGGAGCGGUGGACACUCUGGCUCAGGCGGUGAGACGGAAAGCAAUCUUUACAGCACCUUCGGCGCUGCUGGAGCGGCUACAGGAUACGGUGCGGGCCACGGUCAGCAAGACUCGUACGGAGGCUACGGUGAUGGUGGCUACACAGACGGUGGCUACGACGGCUAUGGCAACCAAGGCCAGUCCUACGGCGGCGAGCACGGCAACGGCGCAUCGCAAUUCGACGGACCACCCGUAUUGCCCAACCCACACGCCGAGACCGAGGGACUGCUGGACCCCAAUGUCUUUGGUGACCCUUCGCCUACCGAGUCGCACGAGAAUGAGGGACUGGCUUACUCGACAGGAUACGACGAGGACCACCAGGAUGUGCCUUCGACGGUCACUGCUAGCGAGUCUGCCAACCGGCUCCAGGUGCGGAACGCUGAGGAGUAAAGGAGAUGAGCUGUAGGGCCGUGGAGACCGCGGGCCCUUAGUAUUAGAUGAGAGAAGAGCAGUAGAUGCAGAAAAGAAGUAGCCACUCCUUAUUCGAAUCCAACGAUUCUAGGAACGAAACAUCGGCUUUACUUGUAACGGACAAUCAUUCCCCUUUCCCCUUUCGCCCCACCCGGCGCAUCUCACAUCCCUACUGGAGUCUCCUGACCAUCGUCGAGCUCCCCUUCCCCACCCCCACCCGCUUUCGAUUUCACUUCUGGCCCUUUCUCAGCCCCCCCUU